CAUGAUCUAAUUUUAUUUUAUCUAAUAGUAAAUCAUAAUUGAUCCAUUGAAUAUACAACAUAUACAACUAUAUAAGCAUACAAAUGAGAUUCGUUUAAAAGUAUUCUCAACAAUAUAAAUCCUUCUCACUAAGAAUAAAACGUAUUGAGUGAGUACUUUGUAAACAAUCGAAAUAUAAACAUUUUGAAAGAUAAAUUUUAAAGGAAUAUUUUAAUAUUUAUACAUUAUAUUAUACAAAAAUAUGCCAUCUAAAAAAGAAGUUGAUGAAUUAUUGAAAAUGUUUCAUGAUAUAGAUAGAAAUAAAGAUGGUUAUAUUUCAAGAACAGAAUUAUUCACAAAGGUUGGCACUAAAUCUCUAGAUCGACAGAAAGUUCAUGAACUAAUUAAAUUGUUUGAUAUCAAUGGUGAUGGUUUGAUAAGUUUUGGCGAAUAUAAAUUGAUAUUGGGAUUGACAGGUCAAUCAAUCGAUGGUUGGAAACGUUUAUUUCGAAAAUUGGAUAAAGAUGGUUCAGGUACUUUGGAUUUUCAUGAAAUCUGUUCACUAUUUGGUGGGGAUAAUUCUUCUGAAGUGAGAAAAUCUGUUCGAAAUUACAUGAAACGAUAUGAUACUGAUCGAGAUGGACGACUUAAUAUUAGAGAAUUUUUAACAUUUGUUGCUGAACAAGCUGAACAUAGUGCAGUAUAAUAAACAAACAGAAAAGAAUUAUGUAUUGAAAAAUAACAGAGAUUACAUUUGUACAGAAAUAUUGAUAACUUCCCCUUAGUAUAAACAAAUAAAUGAUCACUAAAAUUUAAGCUAAAAUAAGUAACCCGUUCUGUUUGUUUUCUGAUAUAUUGGUUAUAUAUUCAUUUUUUUCAGAAAUCAAAUAAAUUCAUUUCACAGAGUUAGAAUUUUCGCAAGAGAAUAUAUAUGAUGUCAGAAUAACUCAUUUCCAAAUCUAACCUUCAUUCAAAUCUGAACCGUCUUCUUAAGUUGUAGUAUACUUACUUACUUACUUAUACCUGCUAUCCCGCGUGGAGGGAGCACUGGCUACCCAUCAGUAUUCUCCAAGCAACUUUGUCAUGGGCAAUCCUUUCCUGUUGUUUACAGUUGCUGUUCAUUUUUUUGAUAUCUGCUUCAAAUCCUUGAGGCAAUGUGUUCGUCGGUCUUCCUUUUUUCCGCUUCCUUUCAGGAUUCCAAGUUAAGACUUUCCUCGUGAUUCAGUUUGAUGAUUUACGAAAUGUGUAUACUUUCCACACUUACAGCAGGUUGGUGUUGAUGGAAUCUGGCCAGCAGACAUCGGGUAUCUUGUGUAGACAAUUGUUUAUAAAUAAUUGUACCAUUUUGAUGAUGGUUGUGGUGGUUCUCCAAGUUUUAGUUUCAUAAAGUAAAAUUGUCUUGACGUACGUAUUGCAGAUUGUAACUUGGAUAUUGGUUGACAGUUGUUUUGGGUUCGAUAUGUUCUUCAAAUAUAGGGAUGCUGUCCUUGCUUUUCCAAUCCUCGCAUUUAAGUUUACAUCGGGUCCUCCUUGUUGUAUCGAUGAUGCUACCCAGUUAUGUGGAGGAUUUUACCCCUUUCCAGAGCAUUCCAAUCAAAUGUUUGCUUUCUUCUUUGCUUCUGUGUAUUCGGUAUGUCUAUUGGCUUUCUCCGUUCUUGUUCAGCUGUUAUUAAUUGCUGUCUUCUUGCUCUUCCCUUCCUGAAUCCUGCACAGGAUAUCAAUAUUCAUUCAUUCCUUAUGAUGAUGCUUAUUGCGACACAGAAAUUCCUGACACGUUGGACUUAGUGCUUCUUUGAUCCCUUUCCAUUUGUCCUCCAUUUUAUUUUCCCCUUCUUUGAGUAGAUCUUGUAAGGCUUGGAACCUGUUGUUGAGAACUACCUUGAAUUCAGCGAGUUUUUCAUUGUCGUGAUAGAAAGCUGCAUUAAACCCAUGUAAUGCUGUUUCCCCAGUUGUCCAAUGCUUCUACAGCUGUGGUGUGAGACCCAUAUCGCUUUGUGCAUGCGUUUGUGUGGGAAUAUUGUGCCACCUUUGACAGAUUCUUCGAAUGCAUGUAGGUUUGCGAAUCUCUCACCAAUCUGGUUUCUCUCUCCCAGUUCAUGUCGUCCCAUGAUAUCUCCAUAUCCGGUGUUGUCUAUCCUGACUUUGGCAUCUAGAUCUCCUAUCAGGAUGGUGAGGUCAUUUCAUGGGCACUUCGCUAUGACGGAUUGCAGCCUCUCAUAGAACUGAUGUUUAUCGUUUUUCUUGGAUUGAUUGUUGGGUACAUAACGUUAAAUAAUAUUCAUCGUGAUUGCCUCCUAGUUUGUUUUGAAGGAUGCUUUGACGAUUCUGGAUCCGUGAGAUUCCCAUGCUACAAGUGCAUCUCGUGCUACUUUGGACAGCAUUAGAGCAACUCCUUGAGUGUAUGGUGCAUUUUCCUCUUCGUGACUGGAGUACAGCAGCAUCUCAUCCGAAUCUACCCAGGUCGGGUCCAAUAGGUUUCACUGAUUCUGAGAACCGCCAAGUUGUAUCUCCUCAUUUUAGUUGCUGUUUAACUGGUCCCACGUCCAACCGCCCAUCUUUACCCGGGCUUGGAAACGGCAACAACCCUGAAAUGGCCAGGGGAGUAGUUUAAAUGAAAUAUAAUCUAAACAAAUAUAUAAAUAAAAAAUGUUCCGAUAUGUACAUAAUUUAUUUACAUUAAAUUACGUUGAGCAUUGAUCGGUCGAUUCAUAAUGGAUCGAUAAGUGACCGUUAAGUAAUUGAAUGUUACCUACUUGUUUAAAAUUUUUUUAUUCUUUUUGUUUCCUGAUAAAAUUGAUCAGUAUCGCAGAUUAACGUGUAUAGUCACUAUGCUGAUAAGAUAAUGAUGAUUUCUAGUGUUAAUCUAAAUGUUAAGUAUUAAUUAAUAUCACCGUUGAUAUUUUGUUAUUUCGACAGAAAUCCAAGUUUGACUAAACAUAAAUACAUUAAAUUACAUUCAUGUCAUCAUUUUUUUUGAAUACAUUGGUUCUUUUCUUAAGUUCUAAUAUAACAAAUGUUGAACAAUAAGUUAAUCUUAUUAGGUUGUUAUGGAUUCUGGAUUGUAAGUAAGAUUAGUACAUAAUAUUGUAAGGAGUAAAAGUUGAACUGAGUACAUUUUUUCCAGUUGAGUAAUGUUUAUUGAUUUACGAAUCUCAUAGAAUAAAAAAUCCUAAUGAAUAAAAUUCAUUUUCUACUCACGAGUUGAACAGUAUGCAAAAUUGCAUCAGUAUGGAGCUCAACAAAGUAGCCUAGUGAUGCUUAAAAUGAUAGUUAGAGCUUAACACGGCCAAAUGUGGAUGAAUAUACUUUGGUAACAUAUCGCUCAACUUAGAUCUUGUCAUAAAUGGUAAGGCGUUAUCUAAGUUGCAUACAUUAUUGUACUUAGAACUUAGGUACUCCUACAAUUUUUCCUUCACAGAAAAGGUUUCGAAAGUGAUUUCUAAGUCCCAUCGUCAUAUGGGUUGCAUAAUUCGUAAUCUUUAUAACAAAAGGUCACUUAUUUUGAUGUACAAAGUAUAUAUUCAACCAAUCCUAGAAUACUGCACGUUUAUUCUUGGUAGUGUUUGCACAAAUGAUAGAUUAAGGUCUGAAUCCGUUCAGAGACGAUUUACAUUUUGCAUUCUUGGGACUAAUUGUAUCUUAAAUUAUAAGUCCAGAUGUAAGAAACGUGAACUAGAUUUUUUCUGGAAGAGGUAACCCAAAGUAAACCUAAUAUUUUUCUUCAAAAUAAUUAAUCAGUUGUCUUUUACAUCCUGUGAAGUAAUUUAAUAUUCAGAAAUUCCUAGUUACAACAUCUGUAACUCUUUGUCAUUUGUAAAACAACCAAAUUCCAAAUCUUCAUGUAUGAACUAAUUUAGCAGGAAGUGUUCCAGACUCUGGAACAAUUUACUACAAUCCAUCCGUGAGAUAAAACCGCAUCCUUUGUUCGCUGUAUUGAUGCUUACCUCUUCUCUAAAAAUGCUUUAAGUACUCACACACCUGUAAAUGUGUCUUAUUUUACAAGUGAGAUUAUGAGAAUUUCAAAUGUUUAAACAUUUUUAUUGCUAAAUUCACUAAGUAAACCUCCCAACCUGCUGUUACUUUACAUUAACACCGUUCUGAAAUAAUUUGAGUAAUAUCUAACACGAACAGUACAUUAUAAAGUAGCCUGACAUAUGUGUUAUGGUAUACCUGACUGACCUAUCGUAGUUAUUAUUGCUCUGUUGUUCCAUGCAUUCUGUUUCUGUCUUAUUUUCUCUAGUUGUAGAUAGUUACAAUGAAUUCUUUGUGGCACAGGAAAUGACCAUAUAUGCAUCGUUCAUACAUCAACAGGAUGUCAACUUAAAAAGAAUUAAAAGUUCCAGGCUGAUGCUUUUCAUUGUUGUAAUAUGAUUGAAAAAUUUACUAUCUAAUCAAAUUUUGAACUCGAUUACUUCAAACAGUCUGAUAUCAUAUGUGUGUUCCCUACAUUUAAUAUCACUAUCUACAUCAAGCUGAUCAUGCCCGUAAACAGGCAUGAAUCCUGUAAUAAUUAUUUUCGGAAUACAUAAUAAUAAUUAUUAUUACUAUUACCUCACAACAUCCAACAAAGAAAAAGUAGCAGACAAUGCAAAAGAAAUAAUACAGAGCAGUUUGAAAGCAUAUAUAGUUAUAAUUUACAAAAUGAUCAGUUAUUUAUUCGAAAAUAAAACAUGCUUAGUCAGGCAUACUGAUCAUAUUUUAUAUAAAGCAAAGUAGUUUACUCUCAAAAUGAUCAUUUAUGUUGUCUUUCUAAAAAAACUUAUUCUAUGGUUGACACUAUUUGUAAUAAAAUCUGUAUUCAUAAAUACUGCAGGACACUUAAAAAAUAUAUCCGUUGUUAAUCAUGAUGUUUAUACAUGUUUCCAUAAAAAAUAAUCUGUUUUGCAUCUGGACGUCAAUGGACUGUAUAAUGAAAGAAGCUGAAAAAAAGCAAUGUUGGUUAUUAAAAAUAAUGAAUGCCGGCUUGGUGAUCUAGAGGGUAGGUGUCCGCGCACGAGACCGAAAAACUUGGGUUCGAGUCCCUCAUGCGGGAUCGUGGGUGCACACUGCUGAGGAGUCGUAUACUAGGACGGAGUGACCAUUCAGUUCUUCCAGGAAUUCAGUGGUGGUGUAGCUUGCAUCGACUCAUGAAUUUCACUAUGUAUAAAAUGACUACAAUUCCAUAACAUGAAACAAAUUCAAUAAUCAAUAAUUUAAAGAGGUGACAAAAUUAAGUUUUGUUAAUCAAUGGGUAUGAUAAAUUUCAGAUGACGUUGUCGCGUUUAUGUUUUUUUCACAUCUGAUUGGCCAGUGGUUAGCAGUGAACACAGAAAACAAACUGAACUAAAUAUCAUUUUUUGUCUUCUCCAGCUGUAAUCGCUCAAGUGGUUGAUAUAUAAUUUGCCAAAACUCAACUGUCACAUUCUCUAACUAUUUCCUCUAUACGAACAUUUGACAGGAGAACUAGUUUAGGUUGAGUGAUAGAUAUAACAUAUUGAUUCAUUUCAAUAGUAUUUUUUAUGGAAGUUACAAAAACUAAUACUUAAAUACCGAAGGUUUAACAGUUGUAUAAGUUAGUAUAGUUGUCUGCACCAUGUUUCAGGCAUUUUAGUUAGUCUCACUGAGUAGCAUUGGGUACUCGGUGAUUGAGUUAUAGUGAUUAUUUGAUUUUAACACUUAGUUUAUUAGCAGGAGGGUUUUCUGAAAAUUAUACGUUGUAUUUGUUACAAAGUGAUCUCGAUAGGCAUAUCAAUUAAAACCAACGAGAGCUGGACAACUAUUUUGCCCUGCUUUAGAGCUCAUUUUUGUACCCACUCUUGGCUCUAUCACAGAUUGAUCACAGGAUCUACAUGUUUAGGGGUGGGAACUUACUAAUUAGAACCACUUGGUUGGUGUCGUACAGUGGCAUUGGUGACAACUGUAUUCUACGUUUAAUGUUUGAUCUAGUUAUUUCAGUCAUUCUCCAGAUAUUCCAUACAGUCUUUCUGAGUAGCGUCACUCAUCCUCAUUCAAAACUUUGUGUUGAAAGUUGGAUAAACCAUUCUAUAAUUGGUUGCUGAAUUACAAUGAUUGAUUGAACUAAUUUAAUACACAAUAUAAAGUUUAAUUUCAAUGUUCUAUGUGUUGGUUGAAAAUUGGAAUAAGUCAAUUUUAUCUAUAUAUUUAGCUUUCUAAAUGUAAUACAUCCGUAAUUUGUAGACCUGACUGUGUAGAUUUUCAUGAUUUAAGUUAAAAUAGACUUAUAAAUUAUGAUUUUCUUAUUUUAACUCAGUGCAUCGUUACUUUAAAUGAUUUGAUGGAUUAUGCACAUACCUUACGUUUGUUGUAAUCUGAACAUUUAUAGGUUUAGCUAAUCGUAAAUUUAUUUACUAAUACAAGUUUGUAUAUACAAAUCAAUUCAGUUCAUCACAGGUUAUACAGUCUAAUCUAAUGAUUGAAACAUACCAUUAUUUAAUAUAUAUUGUUAUGUUUUUGAUUGAAAUAAUGAGUCAAUUGUAGCUAGACCACCAUGGAAAACCUGGAAGCGCUGGACGGCCGUCUCGUCCUAGUAUGGGACUCCUCAGCAAUGAUGAGAACUUUUAUUCUAAUCUCAGCAUUUGAUAGUUGUAUUACUGAACGCAAACUGAGUAAUCACUUUAGAUACCACCCAUUUAAAUACUGUUUUAUACUUCAGUUUAAAUCUAGAUGAUAUUUCUAAAUAUGAAUAUCAACUGAUUUUACCUAGAAUGAUUGGUAAUUUUGUAUUUUUGUUUUUCGGUAUACCAUUCAAAAAAAAUAUACAUUUCUUACUAUCAUUUGAUCUGUCAUUUUUGACUUGAAAAUACGAACUACACGCAUAUUAGUCGUUAGAUUGAAGUCAGAAAAAAUUUGAUGGAAUUUACUUUUUUUAAAAAAUAGAAAAGUUCUUAAACAAGAAGUUUCAAUCCGGAUUGUGUACGUAUCUUUGAAUUAUCAACAGUUUUUGAUUGGUUACCAUAGCUGCAAUUUUUUUUGUUACCGCAUAGUUUGAUAAUUGAUUUUUAAGAAAGAAAUAAUUUUACAUCAAACAAACUAGUGAAGUACCAUUUUGUUUUUUUGUUUUUUUUCAUUUACAUAUUAAAAUGUAUUUUUU